ACGAGAUAUAGUGGGGGAGACGAGAUGUAGUGAAUGCAGGGUCUGGGGAGACCAGAUAUAGUGAAUGCAGGGUCUGGGGAGACCAGAUAUAGUAAAUGCAGGGUCUGGGGGAGACCAGAUAUAGUGAAUGCAGGGUCCGGGGAGACCAGAUAUAGUGAAUGCAGGGUCCGGGGAGACCAGAUAUAGUGAAUGCAGGGUCUGGGGAGACCAGAUAUAGAAAAUGCAGGGGUCCGGGGAGACCAGAUAUAGCGAAUGCAGGGUCCGGGGAGAGCGGAUAUAGUGAAUGCAGGGUCCGGGGAGAGCGGAUAUAGUGAAUGCAGGGUCCUGGG